GCAGAUAUAAGGCAGUGUCCACCAGCAAUCUCACCAGAACUGAAGAAGCUGCUUGGAUGAGCUGUGAAAAACUUCUGUCCAGGAUUGAAUUUCACCUUUGCCAUGGAUCCUAGCUGGACGACUGAGGGAUUUCACAAACAAUUCCAGACAAACUUGACAAUGCAGGACGACGACUGCAGCCCCGAGUCCCACCUGCACCAGCCUCUCAUCCUGGAGCGAGUGGAGAAAGAGCCUCCCAAAACGUGGAAAAACAUUUUAUCCCAACGCUUCAAAAAGCACUGCACCUGCUCCUCUCAGAAAGUCAAAUCCAAAAUCCUCGGCUUCGUCCCCAUUCUGACAUGGCUGCCGCGUUACCAGCUCAAAAACUGGAUACUGGGAGAUGUAAUGUCAGGGUUGAUCGUGGGAAUACUGCUUGCCCCACAGUCUAUUGCCUAUUCGCUAUUGGCCAGCCAGGAUCCUAUAUAUGGCUUAUACACGUCAUUCUUUGCCUCCAUCAUCUAUGCAAUUCUGGGCACAUCGAGGCACAUUUCUGUUGGCAUAUUUGGGGUCCUGUGUUUGCUGGUGGGACAGGUGGUGGAUAGGGAGUUAGCACUGGCCGGAUACCCUCCAGAAAGUAGCAGUAGUGGUAGUAUAAAUAUAAGUAGUGAGCUGGUCUCAGGUCUAAGCACUAACACAAGUACAGGGGAAGGGUGCGAUAGGAGCUGUUACGCCAUCACGGUGGGAACCACUGUUACCUUUACGGCUGGAGUUUAUCAGGUCCUCAUGGGGAUUUUCCAGGUGGGCUUCGUCUCCGUUUACCUGUCAGACUCGAUGCUCAGCGGUUUUGCCACAGGAGCGUCUCUCACCAUCUUCACGUCUCAGUUCAAGUACAUGCUCGGACUCAAGAUCCCGCGGGCUCAGGGCUGGUUCACGCUCUUCAAGACAUGGGUGGCCAUUUUUUCGAACCUGGGCCAGACCAACCUGUGCGACCUGAUCACGAGUCUGGUGUGCCUCGCCGUGCUCAUCCCCACCAAAGAGAUCAACGACCGCUUCAAGAGCAAACUCAAGGCUCCGAUCCCAUUUGAGCUGUUUGUGGUCAUCAUUGCCACUGUCGCGUCUCACUUUGGACAUUUUAACACUGAGUACGGCUCUGGUGUGUCCGGAAACAUUCCCACGGGCUUCAUGCCUCCACAGCUCCCCAGCUGGUCACUCAUCCCAAACGUCGCCGUGGACGCGUUCUCCAUCGCUAUAGUCGGAUUCGCCAUCACUGUGUCAUUGUCCGAGAUGUUUGCCAAAAAGCACGGAUACACUGUGGAUGCCAACCAGGAGAUGUACGCCAUUGGGUUUUGUAAUAUCCUGCCGUCAUUUUUCCACUGUUUCACCACUAGUGCGGCGCUAACCAAGACUCUGGUGAAGGAGUCGACUGGGUGUCAGACUCAGAUCUCUGGGCUGGUCUCUGGUCUGGUGCUGCUGCUGGUGCUUCUGGUCAUCGCUCCUCUGUUUUAUUCACUGCAAAAGUGUGUCUUAGCCGUCAUCAUCGUCGUCAACCUCCGCGGGGCCAUGCGUAAGUUUCUGGACGUUCCGCGGAUGUGGCGCGCGAACCGUAUCGACGCCUCCAUCUGGCUCAUCACCAUGGCAACCUCCGCUCUGGUCAACACCGAGCUCGGGCUGCUGGUCGGGGUCCUGGUCUCCGCCUUCUGCGUUUUGGGGCGAACUCAGCAAGCCCGCGCCAACGAACUGGGGCGCGCUUCGGACAGGGAACAUUACGAAGAUCUGAAAGAGUACCUCAACCUCCACAAACAGGAUGGCGUCCCCGUUUUCAGAUACAACUCGCCGAUUUAUUAUGCGAAUCAAAGUCUGUUCAAAAAAUCACUUUACAAGUCUGCCGGGCUCGAUCCGGUGAGAGAAAUAGCGAGACGUUUGAAAGAAAGCAAGAAGAAGCUCGCAGCUGAAGCUAAAGUAUUACAAAACAACGAGAAUGGAAAAGGCGUGACUGUGAAUUUGAUGCUGGAAGAUAAAGCGGAACCAAAAAUCUCAUCUUUGGUCCUCGAUUGUAGCAGUGUGCUGUUUGUGGACACAGCUGGGGUCAGCGCGCUCAAAGAAGUGCGUAAAGACUAUGCAGAGGUUGGAGUAACCAUUGUGUUGGCGCGGUGCAGUACCUCUGUUUUAGAUGCUUUGGAAAAAGGAGGUUUCUUCCCCGAAAAUCAACCAAAUAAAAUGGUUUUCUUCACCAUCGAUGACGCCGUCCACUUCGUCCAGAACCUCCUAGUGUCCAAUGGGAGUUAUGAAAUCUAGGGACCCAUCCAAAUGCUUUACACUGAUGUUUACAAUUACACAGUUACAGGGACUGAGGCCUGUCACGAUAAUUACUGUAUAUACAAACUUAUAACUCAGUAUAGGUUACAUGGAACAAUUAUGUUUGGUUUGGGGGUCAGUAUUUAUCAUGAACACUUUUUCUUUGUAUAGUGGGGAACUUUUGGUUAUUUUUCUGUACAACUUUUAGAUUUGAGCUGUGGCGGAUGAAGUACUUAAUUUUGUUACUUAAGUAAAAGUACAAGCACAAGGGCAAGAUUCCUCAAGUAGAAGUAUCACAUAAAAAGGCUACUUUUAAGUAAAACUAUUGAAGUACCUGUUCCUGUUUCAAAAUGUACAUUAAGAGUAAAAAGAUAAAAUAUUUUUCAGAUAUUUUUUGAACAAUUAACGCAUCAAAUGUAGUGAUUUUGAUCAAGAAUUUAGCAGAUUUUAAGUGAACUGAUUUCUUAAUUUUUCUAGCUGUUUUGGUGUAUUCUGUUUGCUAAAAGUUGCAAUGUUGCAACGCAAAUUAAAUGUGCUAAAACAAAA